AAAUUCUCCUUUCAAUACAGAUCUCACAUGCCUGAAGUAGCAUAGCAUUGAUUUCCUUACUGAGUUUUCUGCUUCCUAAGAUUUCCUAAAUAGCUGGAAAGUUUUGUUUUCCAAACCUGCCUGCCUUACCUCACCUGCUAUAAGGAAAUAACAUUCAUUACAUUCAUUAUAAGAAUGUGGAGGAUUCUUUGCUUUGCUGCUUUGUUUAAUUUAAUAUCUGCACAAGAGGGCGAGGAAACAAUAACAUACACGCAAUGCACUGAUGGUUAUGAGUGGGACCCACUACGACAACAAUGCAAAGAUAUUGAUGAAUGUGAACUUGUGCCGGAUGCAUGUAAGGGUGGAAUGAAAUGUGUUAACCACUAUGGAGGAUACUUGUGUUUACCAAGAACAGCACAAAUACUAGUGAAUAACGGGCAAGAAGAUACUCCAGUCUCACAGCCAUCUGGAUCUCAACCUACAAAUGGACAAAAUUACUUUGAAGAGACACCCAGUCGUCCUGAUCCUCCAAGAGUGGUUCCAAAUGCACCUCAGCAAAUACAGUGUGCAGCUGGCUUUGAGCCGACUGCACAAAAUAUGUGCCAAGACAUAGAUGAAUGUGCCACAGGAACACACAAUUGUAGACCAGAUCAAGCAUGUACCAACGUAAUGGGAUCUUAUCUUUGUGGUUGCCCAAGGGGUUAUCAGAGAAGAGGAGAACAAUGCAUAGACAUAGAUGAGUGUUCAGUAGCAUCAUUUUGCCAUCAUCGAUGUGUCAACACAUUUGGAUCCUACUACUGCCAGUGCAAUCCUGGUUUUGAACUUGCUGCUAACAAUUAUAGCUGUGUAGAUAUAGAUGAAUGCAGUACAAACAGUCCCUGCCAGCAUCAAUGCUACAAUAGAAUUGGGUCAUUUAUCUGUCAGUGUAACCCAGGAUAUGAACUGAACAGGAACAGAGUGGCUUGUGAUGAUAUUGAUGAAUGCAGGACAUCAAGUUAUCUGUGUCAAUACCAAUGUGUUAAUGAACCAGGGAGAUUUUCCUGUGUAUGUCCUGAAGGAUAUCAACUUAUUGGAACCCGAUCCUGUCAAGAUAUAGAUGAGUGUGAAAGUAACACACAUAAUUGUGGAGAAGAUGAAAUGUGUUGGAAUUAUUAUGGUGGAGCCCGAUGUUACCCUAGAAAUCCUUGCAUAGAACCUUAUGUCCGCAUGUCUGAAAAUCGAUGUGUUUGUCAAGUCACAAAUCCAGCCUGUCGAGAUCAGCCAUACAGUAUUGUAUAUAAAUACAUGAGCAUCCGUUCAAAUAGAGCUGUACCUUCAGAUAUCUUUCAAGUUCAAGCAACAAUGAUCUACAGUAAUACAAUCAAUACAUUUAGGAUUAAAUCUGGAAAUGAAAAUGGAGAUUUUUACUUAAGGCACACCAGUGGAGUUUCUGCAAUGCUUGUUCUGGUAAAUCCACUAACAGGACCAAACGAAUACAUAGUCGAUCUGGAAAUGCUGACUGUUAAUAACUUAAUGAAUUACCGUUCAAGUUCAAUACUAAGGUUAACAUUAAUUGUUGGACCAUAUGCGUUUUAGUGCUUCAUUCAAUAACUCAACACUGGAAUCAGCAAAGUCAUAUAAUAAAGUACAUCACUUUUAUUUAUAGAUUUUCUAUAUUUUAAAAAUAAUGCAUUUGUAAUCUAUGCACACAAGGUAGAAGCACAAACAUAGAACUCUAAAUUAAAUACAUAUUCUUCAAAUAAAUGAAAAAAGAAAUGACCCCUUACAGUCAUAUGUCUAUCAUGUAAAAAUAAAUAUGAUCAAGCACCAAAAAAAGGGUUAAUUCUAUUUCAUUUAAAAAAAAUUAUCAACAUUUUCUAUAUAAAAUUCUCUUCUAAAGUCUGUGAAGAUUUUGUUGAUACCUUGUCUAAUAAACGUUUCUACUGGAAUAGAA